AGUCUACGAAUCAAUUGUCCGUAACGGAUACAAUAGCAGCUUGAUUCUGGAAGAUGAUGUUGACGUUGAGAUGAGCAUCUCAUCGAUCAUGACUGACGUUCACCGCAUUCUACCCACCGAUUGGGAAAUGCUAUACAUUGGACAUUGCUCUUGGGAAAAAGGCGGCAAAUUUAUAGGUGAUGCCGGGAGUUUUCAACUUUAUGAAUCCACAGCGCCAGCUUGCACACAUGCUUACGCAGUUUCUCUCUCCGGCGCCAAAAAGCUAUUAAAUGAGCUUCUUAAUCCAUCGUUACCAGUUGAUUUGGAAAUAAUUAAUAGGAUUAAACAAGGAAAUAUCCGAUCAUAUAGUCUUGAACCAUCGGCCAUCGUUCAAUGGAAAUCGAAGGAUAAUCCUUCCGACGUUUCUCCUGGAGCCGAACAGUGGACCUAUCCCCUAAAGAAAUCCACCCUGCACUAUCUUGGGUUUCAUGAAGUUAAAGAUCAAAAAUAA